AACCGUUUAAUACAAAACAACUAAUUUCCCUUCUAUUUCAGCAUGUUUUCCUGACUGGGGGUAACAGCAUGUAUGCAAACUUUGCAGAGAGACUGGAACGUGAUUUACUUGAAAUGAGACCCUUUAAAUCCACCUUUAAUGUUAAGACAGCAAAUGAUCCCAUAUUGGACUCAUGGUAUGGAGCCAGGAAAUUAGCCAAUUCCACAGACUUUGAUUCUCUUUGUAUCACAAAGAAGAUGUAUGAAGAGAAUGGAGGAGACUACCUCUCUGAACAUUUUGCAUCAAAUAGAUAUAUCCCCACGCCUGUUUUAGUGCCAAAGUAAAUACACAUGUGUAUGUGGAACACCUUAAGUUUCAUUGAAAAGGAAAUCCACCAAA